UUUCUUUCUCUUUCUCUAAUCCUUCUUCAGAAGUUCAUCUUUUAUUGGAAGCUGUAAGCAUUCCCUUGCAUCUCUCUGCUUCUCUACGUUGGAUCUACACUUCUGCUGGUUGCUCUUUGGGCGAUCUGACUGACUCGGAUAUAAGUUGAUACGCUCAGCGAUAAAAUGGCAAACUCAUAUCCCAGAAAGAAGUGCGGUAUGCAUACGCCCCUGCUGGAAUCUCAUCUAUGCUGUUUACUUACAAUGAAAUAGGUGUCCUGGGAGCUACAGGCUCCGUCGGCCAAAGGUUCAUUAUGCUGCUCGCGGACCAUCCUUUCUUGGAUCUCCAAGCCGUGGGCGCCUCUGAGCGUUCAGCUGGCAAGAAGUACAAGGAUGCCGUUAAAUGGAAACAGUCUGCACCCAUGUCCGAGAAGUUGAGCAAUCUUAUUAUACGUGAUUGCAAGGCCGAGCAAUUUAAGGACUGCGACAUUGUAUUCUCCGGAUUGAACUCUGAUAUUGCAGGCGACGUUGAAAUGGAAUUCAUCAAGGCGGAGAUUCCCGUCUUUUCGAAUGCCAAGAACUACCGCAAGCACCCCAUUGUGCCACUGGUGGUUCCAACUGUCAACCCCCAGCAUCUAGACCUGAUUCCCUACCAGAGGAAGCACUUUGGGCUGAAAAAAGGGUUCUUGGUCUGCAAUUCCAACUGUGCUGUCAUAGGAAUUGUCAUUCCAUUCGCUGCGCUCCAGGCCAGAUUCGGUCCGGUUGAGGAAGUGGAGGUCUUUACUGAGCAGGCAAUCUCGGGUGCUGGCUACCCCGGUGUGCCCAGCAUUGACAUCGUGGACAAUGUGAUUCCUUUUAUUAACGGUGAAGAGGACAAGCUGGAAAAUGAAGCCCAGAAGAUCCUCGGUUCAUUGAAUGCAGAUGUCACCGGCUUCCAGGAACAGUAUAGUCUUCGGAUCGGGGCCACUUGCACUCGCGUAGGAGUCACUGACGGCCACAUGGCAUUUGUCUCGCUACGAUUCAAGAAUCGCCCGGCUCCCAGCGCAGAGCAAGUAGUCGAGGCCUUGAGAGAAUAUAAAUCUGAAGCUCAGAAACUAGGAUGCCCUUCUGCUCCUGAGCAGGCGAUUGUCGUUUUUGACGAGCCUGAUAGGCCCCAACCAAGACUUGACAGAGAUAUCUCUCGCGGAUACACUGUGAGUGUUGGACGAGUGCGUGAGGGACAACAGGGCGGUUACUUCGACAUCAGAUUUGCCGCACUCUCACACAACACCGUCAUUGGAGCAGCAGGAUCGUCCAUCCUUAACGCUGAGGUCGCUGUUAUCAAAGGCUACGUCUAAAGAGGGUUCGAUAAAAUGAGUUGCUACCUUGGAAAGGCAUUGUGUUUCAAUUUUUCAUGAAAAUAGAGGAAUCUUUCAGAAACAUGAAGCUUAUGAAAAGAUUCCAAGUUCUUGGUUGGAAUACACAUUUACCUUCCUAUUUAGGCAAGAUGUGGUUAAGUUAUGUUAUUAUCACGUGAUAUUUGAGACCUCAAAGAUUCAGGGCCAGAAAAGAUGUUUAGUUUUCAUGUACAUAUUUCACCAUCCCGUGGCUUGUUCAUCUAUGAGAUGUUAAAAACAAUAAUAGAUACUCCACCUUUU